AUGAGUCAGGCGGACGAAGGAAAGGCGCUCGAGUCGGUGCCAGCCCCCUCCGCGCGCCCGUCGCACGAGAGGGUGAUGGAUCGGCUGUUUCAGCAGCUGCUCAAGGUGCCGUCGCCCAAGACCCUCGCGCAUCUCGUGCGCUUCCUCGGAACGUGGACGGGCACGGACAAGUUCUUUAUGUUGGCGCAGUACGGCUCGAACGUGCUGGUGGCCGUGCUGCUGUUCUUGCAGGCGCUCCGGAAACGAUCGGACAAGUCGAGUGUGAUUCAGCGCCUCGUGCCGCGCAUCCGGGCCCUGGGCAGCCUGACGGCCGAUGCGCGUAUCCUCUUCCGUAUCUGGGCCAUCCUGCCGAUGGUCCAGUGGAUGCUGGAUCUGGAGCGCCAUCUGCCCGUCACACGGAAUCUCAAGCUGAUCGAGCGACUGCAGGCCUUGUCGAUGGUCGUGUAUGCGCCCAUGGAAGCCGCGGCCUACCUGGCCAUGCACAAGAUCCUGCCGCUGUCUGACGUGGUGCAAAAUGAGCUGUGGCUCUGGGGCUGUCGUUUGUGGGCUGCGUAUGUCGUGCUUGACUUUUGGCACAUUGUCGAGGACCACCGCAUGCUGCGUGCCGAGGCCAAGGCGCUCGAGCGGAGCCACGGGCACCCCACGCCGGUCGGGGCUGCGGAGAAGGCGAUGUCGGACGACCAAAAGGCGACGCAGCAUCUGUGGACGCAGAUGCGCGCUCGCAAAGAGGCGCUGCUUACGCAGUUCUGGGUGAACGUCGGCUACCUGCCGCUGACGGUGCACUGGUCCGUCUCUACGGGUCUGAUCUCGGAGGGAUGGGUCGGUGUGUUUGGCGUGAUAGCAGGUCUGGCGAGCUGGCGGAAGCAGUGGAAGGCCACGGCAUAG